AUGUCUAAAGUUCGUUUUCAAAUCACCCUGACAUCUGAUCCAAAUUUGCCCUUCAAAAUUCUUGAGGUUCCUGACUCAACACCAUUUACAGCAGUGCUGAAAUAUGUUGCCGAAGAGUUUAAAGUGCCUCCGGAAACCAGUGCUAUAAUUACUGAUGAUGGCAUCGGAAUUAACCCUAAGCAAAACGCAGGUGAGGUAUUCCUAAAACAUGGCUCGAACCUCCGACUUAUUCCCCGUGAUCGCGUUGGAAGCUUUUGA